ACUCCAACCACCACCACCACCACCCCCGUCUCCCCCUACCUCUACCCCCCACCGGCAAUGCCAACAAUGGCCGUCCCUCUUCAAGGCCAGGCAUCCGUCGUCCCCCUCGUACAGCUCCCAUACGCCGCAUCACCAGCCCAGUACAUAACCUACGUGCCCUAUGCUUCCACUGCGGGCGCGCGCUCGCCGGCGAGUCCCAUCCCACCAAUGAGCAGAGCAAGUAGCAGCGGCAAACUUCAGUCACCUAGGAGAAGUCGGGCAAUGGCAUACGCCACCGCAACGUCGCCGCCAACAACUCCCGUCGCCCAAAUACCUAUCAGAGUCGCUAUCCCCCCGCUUACCGUUCCUCUCCCCCCUACUAUCGCCGCACGCACCACUCUCGCUACAUCCACGCCAAGGACAAGAACAACAUCAAGCAGCGCACCCGUUUCUCCAUUAUAUCACCCCUCCGUAACCCGAUUUUGCCCACACUGCAACACUCGUGUGCCAACAUCACACCCCUACCAGCAAUGCGCUUCCUGCCAGAAACCCCUAUCUGCAUACCCACAGCGACCUCCCAGCGUCGUCCCCGAAGCAGACGGCUUCGCCAUCCCUGGUAUCGGAGGUCGGCCCGCAGUGACCCAGCGUGAUCUAGGCGGUGGGCGCAGGACAGCCCCCACUACUCCUAUGUACUCCCCCGCACCCCCAGGAGGGUACACCCCAACGCACAAGAUGAACAUCACCGAGACUGCACCUUCUGUUUCCUCAGCCAUCGGGAGUCCCAUACCAAGCUCGCCGGCGAGCUCACCUGUUGGAGGACCCGAGAGCACCGGGAGCGCAGAACGCGGGCCCGGGAGCACACACCCUGCGGGGAGGGAAGCGCUCGUACUUCCGAACGGGAAGCCGACGGCUAAGCUAGAGGCGUUCAGGGAUGCCCUGGUCGAUUUCCUUUUCAAACAGGUGCCGACCUCUUCCGGCCUGCUGGACAUGUCCCGCACGUACUUCCUCGAGUGGGCGAUGGGCCGUUCCGACUACCUAACGCUCUUCAACGCCGACACCACCCAGCGUUUAUACAACGCCCUGGAGUACCAGUACGCCAACGUCGUCACCCAGCAUCCUACCAACCCUGCCGUAGCAGAGCGCACUCCCGCUCUCUCGCGUAAAGGACUCCUCCAGUUCCUCACUCAAGAGAUCCUUGUCGAUCCCCAAGGCACCUCCUCGAGGCUCAAGAAGCUCCUUGCGCGGUACGCGGCCCAGAUUCCUCCUCCGCCCAGGGGCUUCGGGAUAGGCGACAGGUGGAGGAUGGAGGAACAUAUGAUGCUUCGAGCACCGCAUCCGCUAGCGUUGCAAAAACAAAGAAGAGCGGUGAUGACGAUGCGUGGUCUGGGGUGGGAGCUGCCCAUGCCGGCGUAGGCUCUCCUACCCAAUCCUGAUCGGGUUCCUGCUGGGUUGUAUAUAUUUCCCGUUUCUAACAUAAACUGUCAGAUAGAUACCUUUAAUCUCCUUCACAUAUUCCCCACUUCAAAGUAGCAUAACGUAGCACGCAGCAUUACAGAACCGCAUUCCCCGUCAUUGUUCAGUUCAUGAUAGUACUAAUGCCGGACUUGCCUACGAUUCCUUUU